AAAUAUAGGCUGAUAAUGAUGAUGAUGGAUGUGCAGAAGGGCCAGCUGGUGCACGCCAUGGAGAUCCUGGUGAAGCACCCCAAGACCAAGGGCAACAAGGGGGACUUCCUCAAAGCACUGCGCUCCGCUGACGGCAAGGACGAUGAGACAGCGACGGCCAAGGAUGCAGGUGGUGACACCAUGGACCUGCAUGACCGUACCAAUGGUCACGCCGAGGUGGAGAAUGGCCCGAGGGGUGAUGAAGGCGGUGACUUGGAGCCUUCAGCGUGCGACGUGGAAAAGCUGUCGCUCGAGACACCCGAACAUCCGCCACUGUCUAGUUCACUGGAAGCGGAGCAGAGGCUGCUGCGGGAGAUGGGCUGGAAGGAGGAGGCCUCUGAUGACGACGCCUACGCACCACUCACCGAGGACGAGCUCCGCGAGUUCCAGUACCUGACCAAGAUGCGCCAGGAGAAGCAGCAGCAGCAGCAGCAACAGCAGCCACAGCGCAAUGGCAUCCAGCGUACUGCAGCAGCUCUGCCCGACCGUGCUGCCCUCUGGAGUCCGCGCCGUGCAUGCGGCCAGGCCUUCACCAACUUGGCGGUCCCGCUGGGCAAUGGCUGGAGCUCUUCGUCAUCUUCAUCCGACACAGAAUCCGACAGCAACUGACGAGGCACCACUUCGACCCGUUUCCUUGCUUCUGCCAGUUUUGCCUGCCCCCUUUGUUUACCUGCGGACUGUAUUCCUGGAGAGAGACUCUGCCCUACCCCCACCUGCUUUCUUUGCCUUCUUUCUGAACACUGUCCGAUGGUGGUAAGAGUUUCUUAUUCACCACUCACCCCUGCGAGAGUAGCCAACAGGGAGCUUAUGUCUCCUCGUUUUUAGUCGUGACUUUGGGACAGCUGCGGCGGCCUGCCCCUUACUGUCCCUGCUAGUGCGCUGAAAGUGUGAGCAUGUCAUUGUGUGACUGCCGCUGUGAGAGAGAUUUGCCUGCGUGAAGGACAGCAGUACGUUGAGACCUUUCGGCGUGAUGGAUUUUGGCGACUGUUCAUGGGGGCGAAGUGCUUGUCGCGUGCACAUGCCUGUCCAUGGCUCGGCCGAAACAAAUUUGUUCCUUUGUCUCGUUCGUACCCCAGCGUUGGCUGCCUUGACGACUGCAAUGCUCGUGCUGCCUUGUGUGACAUGGGCCCAGCUUUGUGAGUCUCUCUUUUGUCUUUCAUGCGCUACAAUGUGCCAUGUUCAUCCGUUUCACCUUUAUUUUUUUUUCCUUGUGUUUUCAUUGAAUUGUCUUGCAGGUAGCUACUACGCGAAGGGUUAUAUUGUGGGCAUGGGGAAUAUUUCUUGAAUUGUGGCCCUUAUUGAGGCAGAUUGGAAAUUGUGAUGCAAGUACUGCACAGGUAUGCAAGUUUUGCUACUGCCACGUUCCGCUAGUUUGGAGUUCGAAGAAAAAUACGACAAUUGAAUCUGCUUUGCGGCAGCCCGUUGGUGUUGCCCAGGCCCUGAGAGGGUAUUGGACAGGUUGUAGCUUGGCACAACUUUGCUUCUCGACGUGAAUUUCGUAAUUUUUAGGUGUGUUGGACGUACUUCUUUUGCACGAGGGUGCUGUUGCCUUGAAAUUAAUUGUGCACUUGCUAGUUUACUCAACUGCAAUUCAGUGUCAACUGAGCGUGCAGCCACGUUUUGUCAGUGUUUGCCCCCCUCCCCCCCCCCCCCUUUUUCCCCUCGUCUCGCUUUCUCUGAGGAAACUACCGCAGUGAGGGAGAGCAGUGUCAUUGUGCAGGUGAUGAGGCCACAGCUCCGCAAACUUGGCCUGCUGGCGUAUUGCUUUGGCGCCAAGCUGGAUCACUGGGCGUGGCGUGAUUUUGUAAAUAGACUAUUGCUGAGGUCUCUCCCGCAAGGAACGGGAUUUGUCAAGGGGUGCCCCCCUCCCCCUUCUGAGCGUGCAACGAAGUUUGCAGUGGUGCAAGGGGAAUUGGACGGAUGCGACGCUUCUCUUGAGAGAUGUCUCCCCCUCUCUUUUGUACAGUGACUUUUUAUUUCUUCUUGUAAAUGACAUCCCUUCUAAAGUGAUUCGACUGAGCACGCUCUUGUUGAGAAGAUUGAAUAAAAAAUGUGAACUUGGAAAA